CAGAGCUUAACACAGGCACCGGUACCCCAGAGGGACAGCGGAGAGAGACAGAAACUCUGUCUGAUCGCACCAGCGUCGGCCACUGUCAUAAUGAUGGAGCAGAUCUCAGCUGUUCAGACCUCCUGUCUCUGCGCAGCGACACAGUGUCCUUGGCAAGUGAAGCUGCCAUCUCAAGGAGGAGUGAUGAACAGGAGUGUCUGGAGGAUGAUACUCGGAGUGUCACUGCAUCUUCUGUCACGUCUCUGUUCCAGCGACUCCAGAUGGAUCCGUUAGAAAGGGACUGGCUGCGGUGUGCAGCGUUGGGAGACGCUCCUGCCCUCCGCCAUCUCCUGCUGCAGGACCCAACACUGGCCUCUAGGAAGACAGCGCUCCACUGGGCAGCCAAGCAGGGCCGCCUGGAGACAGUGGACAUGAUGGCCAGGGCCGGCGCCGACGUCAACUUCAGAUCGGGUUAUACGGCGCUCCACUUGGCUGCCCUGCACGGUCACGCCCACAUCGUUCAGCUCCUCAUCGACAACUACGGUGCCAAGGCCAACAUUCGAGACUACCAUGGGAAAAUGGCGGUGCAUUAUUGGACCGGGAGCACUGAUGUCUUCAACAAGCCAGGGUCCCAGUCAGGUGGGAAGUGGUCGAGAGGAAGGCGAGGAGGCCAGCGGUACCCUCAGUUCUCCUCUCUGCUGCUGUCUCGUUCCCGUAGCCAGGGCCUCCUAAACAUGGAGCUGGCCCCCAGCCCUCAGGACUCCCAGCCCCUCUGAAGCUCCUGAAGCACUGAGGCAGCCAGGGCCUCCUAAACAUGGAGCUGGCCCCCAGCCCUCAGGACUCCCAACCCCUCUGAUGCAGCCAGGGCCUCCUAAACAUGGAACUGGCCUCCAGCCCUCAGGACUCCCAGCCCCUCUGAAGCUCCCCACUGAUGCAGCAGCCAGGGCCUCCUAAACAUGGAGCUGGCCCCCAGCCCUCAGGACUCCCAGCCCCACUGGUGCAGCCAGGGCCACCUAAACAUGGAGCUGGUCCCCAACCCCUCUGAAGCUCCUGAAGCACUGAGGCAGCCAGGGCCUCCUAAACAUGGAGCUGGUCCCCAGCCCUCAGGACUCCCAGCCCCUCUGAAGCUCCCCCACUGGACACCGACACUGUAAAAAAUCAUUGCACUCUGUACAAUAGGGCCUGUAUCUGGAAACACUCUGUGU